GACUCUCUUUUCAGUCCAUUUUUCAGCUUUGUGCAGUUUAAACUUGACUGUAGGGCUGUUCUUGUCGGUAAUGUGACCCGUGUUUGGGCCCGCCUCAGUUUUUAUGGGCUAAACCAGUUUAUCUCCUUCAUCUUGAGGAGGAAAGGGGAAGCGAGGGCCUGAGCCGGACAAGUUACACAACUCGUUCGUGUUUUGGUGUAAGCCGGCUUUUGUUGACUUUGGUUUCUGACUGCACGGCUGAGCACCAUGAGCAUGUUCGGAAGAGAUAAGGGGUCAGCUGCCCAGACUCCAGUGGUUCCACCCAGACCCACUAAAGAGAACCCUGGGAUGCUGAAAGGAGUCAUGCAGAACGUGAACCCGUUCAUGUCUACCUCCCAGGUGUCCAAAGCUUUGUCCUCAGACUCACUGAAACAGGAAAGGGGCCCAGACUCUUCUCAGAACCCUGGUAUAUUCAAAGGAGUCAUGCAGAAAGUAAACCCCUUCAAGUCUUCUGCACAGCUGCCAAAAAAUGAUGCUCAUGGCGGUCGAGCAAACGCACAAGAGCCUGACGGAGACCUUCAAGACAAACAGAACCCGGGGUUGAUGACAAGUAUGAUUCAGAAAGUCAACCCAUUCAAAUCUUCCCAGCCAAAGGACACUCAGUCUUUGCACAGUGACCUUUCUUCCAGCAGUGGAACCCUAACAGACCCCAACAGUGUGCCGGAUAAGCGGAACCCUGGAACGUCUAAAGGGAUAACGCAAAAAGUAAACGCCUUCAAGUCACGCACACAGGUGGCAGAUGACGCUUGUGAAACUGACUCACCUGUUCCUUCUCGCAUGACUGAGGUUGAACGUGCUAUAUGCAGUGACGGCUCCAGCAGCUCUGAAAGUUCAGACCACAGUGCUAUGGAGAGACAUACUAUUUGGUACAGAGACGCCGACACCGCGUCUGAGGUGGUUAACCAGCCAACAGACGUCGCAAGGGAACACACUAAGACUUUCAUUAUAAAAAGGAUACUUCCCAAGUCAUUUUUGGGGUCCGGAUCCAAGGAGGCAGUUGAAAUUCAAACACUGCAGCUGGCUGAAGUACCAAUACCCGAUGAAGGAACACAACUGGACCCUUUGAAUGAUGAGGAUGGCCUUCUAUCAUGGUGGAAAACUGUUGAUGGAUGGGAUGAUUGGAAUGAGGCGAACCAGAAUGAUGAUGAUGAAGAAGUGGUGGAACAAGCAGCCGACCGAGUUUUCAUGGCUGCUUGUCUCUUCGUUCACUUAUUCAACCAGCGCGGCGCCUCCCUCCAGCAGUGCAUCCUGGAGCUCCUCUCGUUGGCUGACUCAGCAGACAACUUCCACAAGAAGACUGUCACGGCCAGCAUGGGUGGCGGGAUGGCCAGUGUCGCAGGGUCCGUCACCACCAUCACCGGGCUCAUUCUGGCGCCCUUCACAGCAGGUACGUCGCUCAUCGUCACAGCAGUAGGUAUUGGUAUUGCCACAGCGGGCGGCGUGACGUCUGCCUCAGCCAACAUCACAGACACGAUGCAUUCAAAGACGGACCGCAAGAAGGUGGAGAAAAUGAUCCAUGAUUACCAGGAUGAGAUUAAGGACAUCAAGGACUGUUUGGAGUUCUUACAGGAAGGGAUGGAGAAACUUGAGGUGUGGAACUUUGAGAAGUUCACCGAAAGCAUCUCAAAGAAGCACUUAAAUCAGAACGUCAAACAUGUCAUGAAGGAGGGCGGCCGGGCUGGGAAGGCUUUAGUCAUCAACACAGAGAGCCUGAUUAACACCGUCCAGGUCCUGAAUGUCGCUGGUGGUGCUGCUAAAGCUGCACAGGUGAUGAGCGUUACCACAGGAGUCGUGUCUGGUCUUUUCUUGGCCCUGGAUGUGUUUUUCCUGGCAAAGGAUUCCAUGGAGCUGAAAAAGGGAGCCAAGACAGAGUUUGCUGCCAAGAUCCGAGAGGUGUGUAAGGAACUGCAGGACGGGCUGCUGGAGCUGAACAGAAUCAAAGAAGUGCUGCAAAAAACUAUGGAUGGGAUAGAGGUGGGGGUUGAAGAAGACUACGAGGAGAUGUUAAAGUCUGACCUGAAGAAGCUUAUCAAGCUUGAAGAGUGAAGUGCAGUAGUAAUGCAUUUAAACUAAAGCAUUUAAGAGGCCAAAUAAAUAAACUAAAACAGCAGUUUUAAAAAGGUGCAAUAGCUUUGCUGUUUGGUAGUUUUCCAGUUGUUACUGCACUGAGGAAUGCUGUUUUUUUCAAAUAUAUUUUAUUAGAUUCUUGUAAAUAUAAUCCACCAAAAGACUUUAAUAAAAGUCAUUUAUUUGCAUAUUUUAUUUUUGAUUGGUUAAAGACCUGUGGUAUGUGGUUUGUGACAUCAAGCAGGAAACAGUCAGCAGAGGCACAUGGUGACUGGUUUGGACUAGAGAAUAUUUUUGAAAAGCUGGGUGAACACAAUGUGCUCUCACAUCACGUCAGCAUGAAGGCCUGAAAAAAUGUGGAAUGGCAGCUCUUUUCAAGGCAUGUCUUGGAAAAACAUUGCAUCAAGAACUAACCUCAACAAAUGUUCCCAGCAUGUACAGAAAAUUCCGAUGAUGGAUCAAAAGAUUUUAAAAUGCCCCGUGUGAUAAUAAGUAAUUACAAAAACAGUCACUGAGAGGUUUUUAUUUUAGCCAUAGUAAAAAAAAAGUGUAUAUAUGUAUUUUCUUUUUUUGUUAUUAAAACUUGUACACAGUAAUACAUCUUUCAGCAUGCUAGCAAAAACAUGCCAGAAAUGCAACAGUGAGAAUUUUGUGCAUUUAUUAUUAAACUUGUACCAAAUUUAUUACAUUUUACAGCAGCAAAGUAUAACCAAUCUAUUAAAUGGCUGGGGAAAAGAAUUCUGUCAUAAGUCUAACUGCAAAAACAAACUUACCCAAUAGCCACUCCCAACAGUAGGCGGGAGUGACUCACCGAACUAGCUGAAUUACAAUUCAGAUCCGUUACAGAUCUGACUCUUAUAAUUAAUCGGUAUGAAGCUACAACUUGUCAAGUUCAUAUGAAAAAGUGUCAGUUUGUUUCAAAUUUUGCAGCAGUCUUUGGUCUACUAAUAGCUAGUGACUGAGUGAAAAAUUCAUGAAAGUAGGCUGAGUUUUAUGGAGCUCUUCUAAUUGAUCUUGGCGUAAUCUAUGUAAUAGUGAAACCUGGCAGUGUCAGCCGUAAUAGUUUUCAAAUGUUUAGCCAUAUAAAAAAAAAAAAUAUACUUGGCUGAAUUUUAAUUAGUCAUCAAAAAUAUCUUGGAACUGCUAGUCAAUUAGAAAAUGUUAUGGAGGAUUUUUGAACACAAAGUGAAAGGACGGCUACUGCAGCAGCACCUUGAUUCUGCAAUAAUAAAAUUGGAGAUGCACAUAAAGUAAUCGUUUGACUCCAGUGUAUUUAAAAAUGGCAUGUUUUCAUUGACUUUUAAUGUCAAAUAAAAGAAUUUAACAACA